AUGUGACGACGCUUACCGGCACAAUCAGUUUAUUAGUAAUCAUGUUGUGAUGACAGUGACUGUCGUAGUUGCACCGAAGUUACACAGGAUCCGUGGGUAGCACUGACCUUUGGAGAUGAAACUGUAUUUAACUUCUUAGCGAAUAUAACUAGAUUUUUACUUAUGUUCUGAAAUACUUCAACUUCACCGAAAAAUCGGAUCAUCUAACUGCGGUAAUCUAUGAUAAGUGUACGGCCAUCUGUGGAUAACUGUACUUUAUCGACUUCCUUGACGUGUUAACAUAUUGAAGCGUGGUAUGAAUGAAUGCACGAGUUUGUGUGGAGACGAAAUAUAAGUGUAGUUAAACUGGGUUAUGUACGUUUUUCUAAAACCGUUAAUAGCAACUGUAACGACGGCAUCAAGAGACUAGUGAGUGUAUAAAAAUGGCGGAAAAUGUAUCCGAAAGUCAUAAAGCUAAUGAUAUGGGCAUUCGUUUUGGCAGUAAAAUCAAUGACGUAGAAGGCAAAACCCCAUUUCUAAUAGGAGUUGCUGGUGGUACAGCCAGUGGAAAAUCUACAGUUUGUAAACGUAUCAUGGAAAAAUUGGGACAAGUGGACAUGGACCAUACAGAAAGGCAGGUUGUAUGCAUCAGCCAGGAUAGCUUUUAUAGAGAGCUGACUCCUGCAGAAAAGGCCAAGGCAGAAAAAGGACUGUUUAAUUUUGAUCAUCCAGAUGCUUUCAAUAAUGAUCUGAUUCUACACACUGUACAAGACAUACUUGCUGGAAAGAAGUGUGAAAUACCUGUGUAUGACUACAGAACAAAUUCAAGGUGUGAUAAUCAGUUCACAACAAUAUACCCAGCAGAUGUUGUUUUAUUUGAAGGGAUUUUGGUAUUUUAUUUUCCUGAGAUUCGGGAAUUAUUUCAUAUGAAGCUCUUUGUCGAUACUGAUUCUGAUACAAGAUUAGCACGUAGAGUUCCGAGAGAUAUAAAAGAAAGAGGCCGAGACUUGGAUCAAGUGUUAAAUCAGUACAUGUACUUUGUGAAGCCUGCUUUUGAAGAGUUCUGUUCACCAACUAAGAAAUAUGCGGAUGUUAUAAUUCCUCGUGGGGCAGACAACACUGAUGAAUCACCAAAUCGGUAUGUUGCAGUUGCCAUUGAUCUGAUUGUGCAGCACAUUCGUGAUUUUCUCAAUAACCGGCUGAAAGUGGAUCAGUUCCCAGUACCGUCAUCACCUUCUGCAUCACCUGUUCAUGGUUCACGGCGACUCAACACAACUGAUGGUCAUUUCACACGCCCUCACUAACCAUCUUAGUGUAGUAUUUGGAAUUAAAUUAUUAUAAUUGUUAGGUGCCCUGAUCCUUCUCUCAUAAUAACCAUCAGUAGGUAUGUCAAUUUCAAGUAUUUGAUAAUUGCAAGAUUUAGUUUUCCUUGUAUGUUGUGUGAUCAAAAUAUUGUCAGACUGAAUUUUUUGUAUACUUCCCUCAUUUUGUGGCUUUCCCCACCAAAACCGAUUUCUUGUUUCUUGAUGCAUUAAAUACUGCAAUUCUGCCAUUACCAGAAAUAUGUAUUGAUACCCAUGUUUUCAGUCUGUGAUUUUUCUUUGAUUAUGAUAUCAUUAAGGAUCUUCCCCUUGAUCACUAAAAGGUUUUGGAAACAGAAGAAACUCAUUGAGACCUAGAUAUGGGGACUAUGAAGGGUGGGGACAAUAGUUAUCUGGUUUCUGUUCAGUAAGCCCAGCACAAACAAAACACAGUGAGCAAGAAAAUUGUGUACUGGAGAAACAAGUUUGUAGUGCACUAUUUUUCAGGGAAUUCUGCCAUGUAUUUUAAUGUAAAUGCCACAAUAUCUGUGUAAACAGUUGAUUGAUAAUUUGUGUCUGCAAAAUGAAUUCUUGAUGUACAAUUUUAUAAGUGUCAAGUAUAUUCAGCAUCUCAGCAGAACGCAUUACACUUUAUAACUUUGAAAACUACUCAGAUGUUUAGAGUUCUUGUUGUUUCCUCUCCAAAGACUGCUAUAUAAAAAUGUAGGAUUAAAAUAUACAAAACUAAUUUUACUUUUUUGUGGGUGUAAAACUUGAUCUCUCACAUCAAGGAGAGAAUACAGAUUGGGGAUAUUUCAAAAGAGGGUUUUGGGAGGAAUAUUUGGAUCUAAGAGGGAUUGAGUAAAGGAGGCUGAUUUUUUCUCCAGUUAUUGUUAAGAUGACCAAAUUAAGGAUGAGAUGUAUGGGGUACAUAUUGUGUGGGGGGGAUAUGAAAAAUGCAUAACACUAUUUUGGUUGGAAAGCUUAAAGGGAAGAGACAGCUCAAAGGAUCUAGGCUUAGGUGGGAGGAUAAUAUUGGAUCAUAAAAAAUUGAGUAGGUGGACUAAUCUGGCUCAGGCUGUUGUGAAUGUGAUAAUGAGAUUUCAUGUUUCAUAAAAUUUAGGAAAUUUCUUGGCUAGCUGAGUGACUAAUAGCUUCUCAAGGACUCUGUUCCAUGUAGUUAGGUUUAAAAAGUAUUUUUUGUCUCUUUGAAAUAGAACUUGAUGCACACACUGUGUUCUUUAAAGUCUGUCAUUUAAACACACAUUAAAUCUGCAGAUGGCAACACAUAUGACCUUCAUGUUUUAUCACUUCUGAAGUUGAAUCACCAACGUUGCUUUUGAUGACACAUCUUACUGCUUCAAGAGUAAUAUAAUCUGAUCUAGCAGAUGUUAUUUUAAUGUCAUCUUUCAGAGAAAUUCUAUUCUAACAUGGUAGUCUUGAAAUGUUUCGAUCACACUUUGUACAGUUUUAAAGUGUUACUGUUUCAGAUAUUUCAGUUCAUGUUUGCAAGUAUGUAUAUCAUUUAUACUAUACCAAAUGUGCAGUGACAGUUCUAUCUGUUUAGGUAGAUUUUUUGUUGCUAUUCAUCUAAUAGCUUUCAGUUGAUGCUUUGUGUUCUCAUGUAAUUGUGACAUGAAUGUAUAGUGGUAGUGCUCUGUUUUUAUCUGUAUAAAUAGAGCAGUAUAUUUUCCCCCUUUGAUUUCAGAAAUACUCAGUUUUUAAUUCAUGUUGAUGAAGUUUCAGAUAUGAAGUGAUGUGCUCCGGCUUUGAUGCACUGCAUUGUCCACACAUUUCUCAGUCCUGUUGUGAAGCACAUAGUGGACACUGCGUGUAGGUCUCACUCCACUGUAAAGGCACUGUAGUCACUGCGUUUCAAUUGCAUGUGUAUAAGUUUUGAAUCUUGUAUAUAAAUAUAUCUAUAGAAAAGCUCUA